AUGCCCGCGGCUCUCCCCACGGUCACCGUGCAAAACGGCAACGGCGCGUCGUGCGCCAUGCCGGAGGUCUUCCUCUCCCCGAUCCGCGCUGACAUCGUGAACGCCGUGCACACCGGCCUCGCGAAGAACGACAGGCAAGCGUACGCCGUGUACCGACGUGCCGGCCACCAAACCGCGGCCGAGUCCUGGGGCACCGGUCGCGCGGUCUCUCGUAUUCCGCGUGUGCCGGGCGGUGGUACCCACCGCGCCGGUCAAGGGGCGUUCGGUAACAUGUGCCGCGGUGGUCGCAUGUUCGCGCCGACCAAGACCUGGCGCCGUUGGCACCGACGCGUGAACAUUAAGGAAAAGCGCUACGCGGUGUGCUCCGCUAUCGCGGCGUCCGCCGUGCCGUCGCUUCUCCUCGCGCGCGGUCACCGCGUCGAGGGCGUCCCGGAGGUUCCGCUCGUCGUCGACGACAGCGCGAGCUCCAUCAAGAAGACGGCCAAGGCUGUCGAGCUUCUCAAGCAGCUCGGCGCGUAUGCUGACAUCGAAAAGGUGAAGGCGAGCCGCAACGUCCGCUCCGGUAAGGGUAAGAUGCGUAACCGCCGUUACGUCCAACGCCGCGGUCCGCUCGUCGUCUAUUCGGAAGACAACGGCGUCACUCGAGCGUUCCGUAACAUUCCUGGCGUUGAGUUGUGCUCCGUCGAUCGCCUCGGCUUGCUUACGCUCGCCCCGGGUGGCCACGUCGGUCGCUUCAUCAUCUGGACGAAGAGCGCGUUUGAGAAGCUUGACUCCAUCUUUGGCACCUCCACUUCCAAGAGCGCCUCCAAGAAGGGCUGGAAGCCGCCGACCAACAUCAUGGCGCAAACUGACUUGACUCGUCUCAUCAACUCCGACGAAAUUCAGUCCGCUCUCAACGCGCCGAAGCUCGGUGCGAUUCGCGCCCACGCUCCGCUCAAGCGCAACCCUCUCAAGAACAAGUCCGCCAUGGACAAGCUCAACCCGUAUGCCAAGGUUGCUCGCGAGAUGCAAGCUCGCGCGCAAGAGGAGCGAUCCAAGGCCAAGGCGGCGAAGAGCAACGCGGCGCGCUCGGCGGUCGGUCAAAAGUUCUACGAAUCUAUGAAGGUCGACUCCAACUACGAGGGCGAGCUCUUCGAGGACUUCGACGACUGGCUCACUCGCGGGGCGCCGGUGGUCCAACAAGGCGACGAAUAG